CAACCCACAUUUCCCGCCACGCCACUCCCCUCGUCUCCCAUGGCGGCGCCGUCGGCAGCCAUGCGCAGAAAGCUGCAGCGCAAGUUCCGGUUGCGGGGCUUCACCCUCAAGGUCGACGCCCUCGAGGAGGCCGCCGCCUUCCUCGACCGCUUCCCCGACGCCGAGGACGACGCGCUCGACCUCCUCCUCGACGAGCUCGACAAAGAACCGCUGAAAUCAUCUAUACUGGAUCGGGACGCUGUCCGGCGUGUGGUGUCUCUGCUCGUCGAGGCGGAGGAGGCGGUCGACGCGGCGUCGCCGGCGGCCACCAGCGCACGGUCGGCACUGCGGGUGGUGGACUCCUUCGUCGUGCCUCGCUUCCACUACGACCCAAUCAAGAAAGUCUUCUACGAGCAUACUGGAAGAUUAUCCAUCCAUGGAGAAGCUGGAGAUAAAGCUGCCCUGUACAGGGACAGAUAUCAAGUGCUGCUUCAGAGGCUCGCUCGUGAUAAAUAUUUCUCGAGGCCAGCUUUUGAGACUGUUAUGACUGAAAGUGAUAGUUGCGAGAUAACUUCUAUACAAUCUUUAAUUGGGUGCACUGGACGGAGAUGGAUUAUGGGAGUCAUAUCACAAUUGGAGGAACGCCAAUUUUACUUGGAAGAUCUUACUGGAGCAGUGCCAAUUGACUUAGCAAAUGCAAAAAUCACUUCAGGUUUCUUUGUUGAAAACACUGUAAUUGUAGCAGAAGGUGAACUGCUUGCGAAUGGCAUUUUCCAGGUCAAUACAUGUGGGUUUCCUCCCUUAGAGGACAGAGAGGCAUCACUUUCACUCCUUAUGGGACUUGAUUUCUUUGGUGGAGGUGUCAUACCAACUGAAGAAACACUAAGACUAUCAUCACUAGAAAAUAAGGCUGUGAAUGACAUGUUCGUCAUACUUUCAGAUGUUUGGCUGGACAAUCCUGAGACUAUGGAGAAGUUAGGCAUUGUCCUUGAUGGCUAUGAAAGUGUGGAAGUGGUUCCUUCUCUCUUUGUUUUAAUGGGCAAUUUCUGCUCUCAGCCCUGCAAUCUGGCAUUCAAUUCAUUUGAAGAACUCAGAUUGCAGUUUGGGAAGCUUGGUGAAAUGAUCGCAGCUCGAACUAGGCUAAAGGAACAUAGUCGUUUCUUAUUCGUUCCUGGUCCUGACGAUGCAGGACCUUCAAAAGCUCUCCCAAGGUGUGCACUCCCGAAAUAUCUAAUUGAAGAACUUCAGAAGCACAUCCCAAAUGCUAUAUUUGUAAGCAACCCCUGCAGGGUGAAGUUUUAUACACAAGAAAUCGUGUUUUUUCGGCAAGAUCUCCUUUACAGGAUGCGGCGGUCAUGUCUGAUUCCACCAACAACGGAAGAAACAAGCGACCCAUUUGAACAUCUAGUAGCAACUAUCACCCACCAGAGUCAUCUGUGUCCAUUGCCUCUUACAGUCCAACCUAUCAUAUGGAACUAUGAUCAUUGCCUUCGGCUGUAUCCAACUCCUCACACGAUAGUAUUGGGUGACAAGAGUGAGCAGAAGGCCUUCAAAUAUACAGGAAUCACUUGUUUCAAUCCUGGUUCUUUUGCCAAUGACAGCACUUUCGCAGCAUACCGUCCUUGCACUAAGGAGGUUGAGCUUUCUGCAUUAGAAAGCUAAUGCGGAAAGCGAGGGAAAUGGAAGCUGGAACGUGUAACACCCAACUUGGUCCAAACCUUUGAUGAGCUGCCUAUCGCCACUGUAUAUCAGCCAUCAGGAUUGAUAUAUGACUUUAGACAUUUAAAUUAAGGAGGCAUCAUGCAAGCAUUCACAAGGAAGACAUAGCGAUGGCAUGCAUGGAUGGAGUCAGUGCUAUGUCUCUGGUGGAACUGAUGCUGACAUCUCGUGGUAGGGGUCACAGAUUUGUAGAAUCUGAUUGCUGUGGACCUUGUGGUCUUGGUGUAACAAUGAUUUUGGUAUGUCUUUCCAGCUAUGCUUUGCUGAAGUCACAGAGUGGAUCUUAGUCUUGUAAUCUGUACAUGUAACUGUUUCCAUUAUUUGAAACCAAGUUAAUAGAAUUGUGCUUUCAGUUAUUGUCCAGAAUUAUUACUCUGUAAAGAAUGCAUUGCCCAGGUUUGUUAACUUGAACCUGAUUAAUUAUACAAGAAUGCACAGGAAAUUUGCUUGA